GAAGAGUUCCGACAGAAUGGGCCCAGUGCUCGGUCACAGCAGCCAAAAAGACUGCGAUAAGAUCAGAUGUGGUCAAGAAACUGCUGCAGGGUAACUUCGUGAGGCUGGACAUGUCAACAAAGGCGACAAGCAGCUCGAAAAAAUCCACAGUGGCAGAGGGCGCCUUGACUCCGACUUGGGUUUGCCUGAACUGUGCUUUGCAUGCCGAAGGGAGAUGGACAAGCGUAGGGGUGAGUCCGACCCGCUGCAUCUACCAUUUGCUUGGUCCAAUCUCCGAGCAGGCGUACAAGGACUUGCACGGGGUGGAUGAAGUCCCGGAGCAGAUGAAGGCAUUCGUCAAGAGCGUGCGGGGCGACAAAACCAUCAGAAAUAGGGGCUGUCCGCAGUACAAGCCUGAUGCUGAGACCAUUCGAGAAUUGCUGGCGGCAGGAGAAAACCACGUCCUGCCCUGGGCAAAACUUGCUGGUCUGGUGGCUUUGGAUGAAGAAAAGGACGAGAAGGUACUAGAGCCACUCACGGAAGCGGAGUUGACGGAUGCCAAGAGGCUUCAUGUCGUCACCGCUGCUGUCCAAGCCGUUUCUGUCCGUGGAGUUUCUCACCCUGUCUCUGACGAGUUAUUCCAGCUGCUGUCUCGAGGGCAGUAUACACCUCCGAAAAGGCAUGAAUUUCACAACUUGCUUGAGUCCAUGCACAAAGAGCUGCAAAGCAAGGUGGAUGCCUAUUUUGCCAAAGGAGGGCCGUGGGCUUUAGUGCACGACGGGGCCUCAAGCAAAGACGAGCAACUCUUGAACGUCUUGGCUGAGAGUGCAGAUGGGGAGGUCCUGUUUGUCGACCUGGUGGAUGCUGGUUCCGACAAGAAGACUUCGCAGUACAUUGCACAGUUGCUGAAAGAAUCCGUGACACGGUGUUUGUUUUGUUUGCAAAGUUUGCAGUUUGCACUGCCUGCCGGUGCACUGGCCAUCCUCAAGGAGGAGCUCGGACCUGGCUUUUCGGGCCUCGGCUGUCUGGAACAUGCAGGGGAGUUGCUCGCGAAGGAUGUGAUGGAUGUUUUCCCCUGGCUUGGCAAAAUCGUCAAGGACGCACAUUUUAGCCAGCGUGUCUUCAGAAAGAAGAAAAAGCUGAACCAUUUCAUCCGCCGGAAUCAGGCAGACGCCAAGAAGGACAGGAAGCUCCGUCGCAUCGUCAAGUUGAAGGUUCUGCGGAGGACCCGGUUUGCUUCGGCGUUUGAUGUCACACAGGCCUUCAACGAGAACAGUGACUUCAUGCGGGACCUGAUGACAUCGCAGGCUUGGAAGGACUUGACACGCCCAAAAGGGAAAGCGGCCGAAGCCAGGGUUGAGAGAGCAGAGAAGCUCUGGAACAGACAGCCGACGCUAGAACGCUGCCGGCGUGCAGAGAGCAUUCUGCAGCCUGUCAAGGCCUUCACCCGCAAGGCAGGGAAGAUGCACCUAGCUGCAAUGGUGCCUGCGUGGUUUCAGAUGGAGAAGAACCUCAUCGACGUCUGCCGCAAACGUGAUUUUGUCGACAGGAUGACGAAGGAGGAUCCGGAGGUGAAGUCUGAGCGGCUUCAACAGCUGCAGACUGUCUUGUCCAACCGACGAGAGCAAUUUCUACGUGGAGAGCAUGCUUGCGCCUUCGUCAUGGACCCGUCGAUGCGGA